GGAUACCGUUAACCUCAUAGCAAAGCAUCCUGUGGCCCUCUGUUCAAGGGGGGCCCAUGAGUCAAUUACUCCAGCCAUUGAUCAAAAGGGUCUUAUUUUAGAUUUGAACAAGUCUCUCGGAUUUAGGUGAUCCUAGUCGUCCAAUCUUUAGUCAUACUUGAGUUGGAUGGGGACCAUUUCAUAGUUCUUUCCCUGUCUACUCGUUGGUUUUGAUCAGGGGUUGGUAAUAAUUGAUCAUGGUAUUUUUUUGGGAGGCCAUGGUUCAUCCAUUGUGAAACACAUCAGGCAGAUGAGAAACCAACAACACAUUGAAACUCAUAACAAGUCAUCCAAACCUCCGCCUCAAUCCAGGCGACCUCAUCUGACAACAAGAAAUCCUUGGAUCACCAGUAAACACGGCAUCAGAGCAGAACAGAAACACUCAAAUCUUGUUAGCCUGAUGAACAGGAGGAGCUGAGGAAAUCGAUAGCAGCUUUUCUUGUGCUUUUGUUUUGAGGACUGAUCCACAUCUAGACUGUCCAUCAGUUUACAUGACCCAAUCCAAUAAUAUGCCUGUUCAAAUGAUCAGAUGGUCCAUUGUUUACAUGGAUGAAGAUCGUUUGCCCACGAGAACUAUGUCACUCUCCUUUGCCAUAUUGGGAAAAAAACAUGGGACCCACCUAAAAAGAAUCCACCUAGUUUUUUGUUUGCUCCACUUUCCAGCAGCAAAUAGGGGGCCAUGAGACAUGACUGUAGUUCUCAUGGGCUCUAAUCAAGUAUGGUGUCUCCAUGUCAUUGCUGCACAUGUAGGCAAGAUCAGAGCUGUUCAUUUGAUAGGUCAGUAAGUGGGUCUAUCAAACAACUAACUUCUUCACUGUUCACCCACUAUGCAACUUCCAAUCUCAAAUGGCUCCCAACCGUAGCUCAUGUACAUGUCAGCAUGCUCUUUCUAGGCCCAUAUUGCUCUCUCUCUCUCUCUCUCUCUGUUCAAAGUCAUUCCCUUUACCUAUUUCUAAACCACUUCGAAUAAAGAGUAGACGAAACAACACGCAUUUGAUCAAAUACUUCCUAUAAAUUGUGCAUUCAGUUGUACCAACAACUACAAAACAACAUUUGCAUCUCUCUCUCUCUCUCUCUCUCUCUCUCUCUCUCUCUCUCUCUCUACUCCAUAUCUUCAUAGUCCUUCCCAUGUCCUAGUUCUACACCUCUUUGAACUCAAAUUCCUUUUUUUUUUGUCCCAUCUUACCAAAAGCAGAAAACAUGGUUGAUUCACUAGUCUCAAUGGCAGUGGAGAAGUUGAACACCAUCCUCCAAGAUGAGGUGGCUUUGUUGGUGGGUGUCACAAAUGAGAUCGAAAAGCUUUCCAGUACAUUCACCUUGAUUCAAGCUGUGCUUGAAGAUGCCGAGUCUCAGUGUGUGAUGCACAGAGCUGUGAAGAUCUGGUUGGAGAAGGUCAAAGAUGUGGCCUACGAUGUGGACGACAUACUAGAUGAGUGGACAACGGAAGCUCUCAGAUCACAAGAACCUGAUGAAGGUGAUGGGUCCUGUUUCAACAAGAAGAAGGUGCUAAGAAGCUUCCUCUCGCCUACUAAUUGCUUCAAGCACGUUGUGUUACGUCAAAAAAUUGGGAGUAGGAUAAAGGAGGCACGGAAAAGAUUAGCUUUCAUUGCUGAAGAGAAGAGUCAAUUGGGUCUUAGAGUAGACAGUGGAGAGAGGGAGAGACUUGACAGUGAAGUAAGACGGGGUGAGAGGAGAGAGCGAGAGACAAGCUCCCUACUCGACCAACCGUCAAUUGUAGGCAGAGAAAAUGACAAAAAUGAAGUCCUAGACUUGCUGCUGAGGGAGAGAAGUGGAGAGGUAAAUGAGGUGCCCGUUGUCAUUUCUAUUGUUGGAAUGGGGGGCUUGGGCAAAACUACCCUUUCUCAGCUCAUCUACAACGAUGAGGAUGUGAAGGGGCAUUUCCACACGAGAAUGUGGGUGUGUGUUUCAGAAAAUUUUGAUGUGAAAAAGAUAACGAAAUCAAUAAUAGAAUCUGCAACUGGGUCUAGUUGUGACCCACUAGACCUGGACCAUUUGCAACAUCGCCUUCGUGAAAUCUUACAUGCAAAACGGUUCUUGCUAGUGCUUGACGACAUUUGGAGUGAAGAUAGUGAGAAGUGGGACAAACUGAGACUUCCCUUCCAAGCCAGUGCAUUACAGAGUCGAAUCAUUAUAACCACUCGCAGUGAAAAGGUUGCAUUGGCGAUGGGAAACACCCACAUGUACAAACUAGCAGUUUUAUCUGAAGAUGAUUGCUGGUUAUUGUUCAGCCGUAGAGCGCUCAAGCAUCGGAGUGCAGAAGAGUGUUCGGAGUUGGAAGAUAUUGGAAGGGAAAUAGUAAAGAAGUGUGGAGGGCUGCCUCUUGCAGCAAAGACAAUGGGGAGUGCCAUGCGCUCGAGAAGGACAAGAAGCCAGUGGGAACUUGUCUUGGGAAGCCAGAUAUGGAACCCUGCUGAUAUCUUGGAAGGCAUUUUACCAGCUUUAUUACUAAGCUACUAUGAUUUGCCUCCUACUCUAAAGCAGUGCUUCACCUUUUGCUCUGUUUUCCCAAAAGAUUGGUGGAUCAACAGGGAUGUGAUAGUCAAGUUAUGGGUGGCCCAAGGUUUCAUUCGCUCCGAAAUAAGUGGAGAAAUGGAGGAGAUCAGCAAACUGUAUUUUGAUGAUUUGUUAAGGCGCUCCUUACUCCAAGAUGCAGAAAUGGAUAGUGAUGGUAACAUAUUCAGGUGCAAGAUGCAUGAUUUAGUUCAUGAUCUUGCGCAAUUUGUUGCAGGAAGUGACUAUUCAGUGGUGGAGAUCAGAAAGCAAGCCUCGUUGAACCUAAACAAUGUUCGCCAUUCCUUUUUAAUUCUCAGCGAUGAAGUUCAUGAUGAAGCUGAUGAAGUGGCUUCCAUCUUACAUAAGGCCCACAAGCUGCGGACGUUCCUACUCCACUCAAGCAUCACCAGGGUUCCAUACAAUUUCUUUCAUCAUUUGAGAUGCCUUAGGGCAUUGGACUUGAGUCGAACUCGCCUUAAGAAAUUGCCUCAAUCAGUAGAACAGUUGAAACACUUGAGAUAUCUGGAUUUAUCUUACACACACAUAGAGGAGUUGCCAGAGGGGGUUAGUAAUUGCAGAAAUUUACAGACCUUGAGACUCAAUGCCUGUGCUAGGCUAUGUAAACUGCCUAGAGGGAUGGGGAAAAUGAUUUGCAUGAGACAUCUAGAAUUAGAAGACACCCACAUGCUGAAGUUCUUACAGCAGGGUAUAGGGAGACUAGCUGAGCUUCGGACGUUAACAGAUUUCAUUGUGGGGGGUGGCGAUGAGGGAUGUAAAUGCGGAGAACUGAAAAACCUCAACCAUCUUCAAGGAAGACUUCGAAUUACUGGCUUGGAAAAUGUCAGGAGCACAGACGAAGCUCGUGAGGCAGAACUGUAUAAGAAGCAGCACCUUCAUGCUCUAAUCUUGGACUACGACUCGAUAUGUGGACUGUUGGAUGAAGAGGUGAAGAGGAUGGAGGAUGUGCUUGAAAUCCUCCAGCCCAACACAAACUUGAAAGAGUUUGAAAUAUGGAAUUACGAAGGUUCCAAGCUUCCCAGGUGGAUAGAGGAUCCUGUGUUCUCUAAUCUAGUCAAGGCGAAGCUCAUGAAUUGUUGGAAGUGUGAAAAACUGCCUGGUCUUGGGAAACUGCCAUCUCUUAAAUACCUUAUAAUUGAGGGAAUGGAAGAGGUGAGAUACAUGGGUGAUGAGUUUAGUGGGGGUGAUGUCUUAUUCCCGAAGCUGGAGAUCCUCAUCUUCUUCCAUAUGCCAAAUUGGGAGGAAUGGGAAUUGAGAGGUGGAGAUGGAGAGGUUAUGCCAUCUCUCCUCCAAUUAGAAAUACGUGAUUGUCCAAAGCUAAAGGCGUUGCCCUACAACCUUCCACCGCUCCUUCGGAAGCUGGCUUUAAACAUAACUAAUGAUGGGAUGUCAUCGGAAGGGCCCUUACCUGUCCUCCCCAACCUCAAUCAUUUGGUGAUAUGGUACAGUCCUGAGCUGACAUCAUUCCCUUGUGGUUGGUUGGGACAACUCAAAGCCCUCCAAACUCUGGAAAUCUAUAGGUGCCCAAUGUUGGGGUCUCUCCCAGAGGAGUUGCAACACCUCACCAUGCUUCGAGAAUUGAAGAUCACAUGCUGUCCACUGUUAGUAGAUCGCUGCCGAGACGGAGGAGAAGAUUGGGAUAACAUUGCCCACAUCCCUUGUAUCAAAAUUUUUACUUGAAUGAUCUGCCUCAAUAAGAGCAAGUGGAGAGGAAAUCAGCGACAACUUUUAUUUUGCUUUUGUUUCGAGGAAUUGUAUUGCCUAUAUGUUUAAUUGGUGUACUUUCUUUAGUAUUUUCUUU